CUUCGUUUGAAGCUAAAAAGCAAUGGGUGAUGCGAUAGAUUUAACUGGGGAUGGAGGCGUGCUCAAAAAAAUUAUUACCCAUGCAAAGGCUGAUGCUAUUACACCAACAGAUGACCUUCCAUUAGUUGAUGUUCAUUAUGAAGGCACCUUAGCUGAAACUGGUGAGGUUUUUGACACCACACAUGAAGACAAUAGUAUCUUCUCAUUUGAGGUUGGUUCAGGCUCUGUGAUCAAGGCUUGGGAUAUUGCCUUAAGGACUAUGAAGGUUGGAGAGGUCGCAAAAAUUACUUGCAAGCCAGAAUAUGCCUAUGGAAGUGCAGGUUCUCCACCAGAUAUACCACCAGAUGCCACUCUUAUUUUUGAGGUGGAGCUGGUGUCUUGUAGACCUCGGAAGGGUGCGAGCCUAGGUAGCGUGUCAGAUGAAAAGGCUAGGCUGCAGGAACUGAAGAAGCAGAGAGAAAUGGCUGCAGCAACCAAAGAGGAGGAGAAGAAGAAGAGGGAAGCAGCAAAAGCUGCUGCUGCUGCUCGAGUGCAGGCCAAGUUGGAUGCAAAGAAAAACCAGGGGAAAGGUAAAGGAAAGGGGAAGUAGGUACGGAAUAUGCAUGUAUAUACUUUGACAAGGUUGGAAUGUGGAAGUUACUCCGUACUGAGAUGUUUUGAUGGCGAGCUUACCCAGAACUUAGAACCUUUACCUUGUUUCAUCACAUAGCAUCUAUUAUAACAUAUAAAAUAAUUGCCUUGUUAAACUGUUCGUUGUGAUGUGGUAUUUUCUGCUGAUAUAAAAGUUUGUGAUGGUUAUGAUA